UUGAAAAACGUUUCAUUUAGGCAUGGAGAGGAAAAGAACUAAAGGACGUCAAAAGAUACCAAUGAAAAAAAUUGAAAAUAAGGAUUCGAUGUUUGCUGCAUUUACAAAGCGUCGUGAGGGUUUGUAUAAAAAAUCUAGCGAACUCGCUACAGAAUGCAAUGUUGACAUUGGAAUAAUGAUGAUUUCCGCUACUGGUAAGCCUCAUUCCUUUUUUCACCCUACAUUUGAUGCAGUUAUUUCUCGUUUUCAGGAUCCUGAUAUGCAGUUUGGUGAAAGUACAAAUCUAGAGGCAAAUGAUGCUAGAAAUGAAGUGAAUCAACUCAAAACUAGGCUUGAAGAACUUGAUGUCAGAGAAGACAUUGCGAUUGCUAAGAAAAAUUCUUAUGAACAAAUGGAAAAAACAAGACAAAAAGGUUGGUGGGAGUCGACUGAGCAGCUCAAUGCAGAUGAAGUGUUCAUAUUUGAAACUUGGUUGAAUGAAACUAGUUCUAACUUACACCAUCGUUUAAAUCAAUUAGAAAUUGAAGCUUCAUCUUCAAUGAGACAUGAAUCUUUUGGAGUGUGAAAUUUGAAAUGUUCAAAUUGCAAAUGUUUCACCCUAAAUUAUCACUUAUGGAUAUAUUUGGGAAGACUCUAGUAACUCUAAAUCUAUAUUAAUAAUGUUGUGUUUUUAAAAAAUUAUUUCAAUAAUGCUACAAACAUGUAUCUGAUAUGUUUUUCAUU